CAUGUGCGAGACAAAACCGGCCGCCGCCGAAGUCCGAUAGCGUGCGCCUCUCUCUAUUGGCAGCGGCUUGAUAAUAGAACCGCCGGGAUACUUUAAUGGAAACGGCGUCUCGAGCGAAUCACCGUCGCCGUUCCGUUCCGCGCGCGAGUCCGUCGCGAGAAAAUCGCCGCACGUAUCCGAUCGUAUGAGGUACAGCCAACCGAUUAUACCAGGUAUAACAUACGGAUUAUACCAGGUAUAACAUAUACGGAUUAUAAUAUAUUAUAUAGGUACUCGACCGGUAAUAGUUCUAAUAGUUGUUGUAAAUAACCGCGGCACUCGAAGAAUCAUUGUCCGACGACGCUCGGAAGAAUAUAGAGUAUCGUCGAAUACUAUGCGGUCGCUUUCCGAAAGAUAGAAAAUUCACGUGGUGAACUAAUUUGCGGAACAUUUGAUGACGACAGUAGUUGAGGACUGUUAGUGUGCGUAUACGCAAGCACGCACGAAUGUGUGUGUGUCGUCUGUUUGUGUCACCAGUGUAGAAUCAGUUUUGACGUGAAUACGCGAUCCCUUCACUUGGAAGCAAUAUUCAUACCACCGAUUCUAUCGCCGCUGCCACUACUGUCGCCACUCAAAUCGCUGUAACCGCUGUCGCCACCGACGCUGUCAUGGAAGUGAUGGAUUCUGACGCCAACACCGUGUUGCACUCAGUCACCAAAGGCGUGCAUGUCGGUCCACCACCUGUUUGGCCCGGCAUGGACAACGUCACGAACGCUUCCAUGUUCGACGAGUCAAAUCUGCCGUAUGACAUGAAAUUCAACGAGGGCCACGUUGUCGCCAUAGUCACUUACAGCAUACUCAUGGUGGUCUCAGCCAUAGGUAACAUCACAGUGCUGACCAUCAUCCUGAAACGCAGGCGCAAGGCUGGCACAAGGAUACACGCGAUGCUCAUGCACCUGGCCAUCGCUGAUCUGUUGGUAACGUUUUUGAUGAUGCCGUUGGAGAUAACGUGGGCAUGGACUGUACAAUGGGUGCUCGGUGAUCCACUAUGCCGCAUCAUGUCAUUUUUUCGAAUAUUUGGAUUGUAUCUUUCCAGUUUCAUAUUGAUUUGUAUCAGCGUUGAUAGAUACUUGGCUGUCUUGCAGCCAAUGCGUUUAUAUCAGAUGGAUCGCAGGGGAAAGUUAAUGAUUGCAGUGGCAUGGAUUGCAUCAGUUGUUUGUAGCUUACCACAGACUUACAUAUUUCACGUGGAACGACACCCUAAUGCCACAUGGUACGAACAGUGCGUCACUUAUAACGCUUUUUCGUCCAAAUUGCACGAGCUGGCUUACUUAUAUUUCGGCAUGUUCAUGAUGUACUGGUUGCCUCUAAUCGUUAUACUAUUCUGCUACGCUUCCAUCAUCAUUGAAAUAUAUAGAAGGUCCAGGGAAUCAAUUUGCGGUCAAGGUACAGAUAAUGUGCGUCGUCUGGGAUUUUUAGGGCGUGCCAAAAGUAGAACAUUAAAGAUGACGAUCAUUAUUGUCAUAGUAUUUGUUGUGUGUUGGACCCCCUACUACAUUAUGGCUAUUUGGUACUGGACGGACCACAAGUCGGCGCAGAUGGUCGAUCAGAAGGUACAACACGCACUCUUCAUGUUCGCUUGCACCAAUUCGUGUAUGAACCCGAUCGUAUACGGAGCGUUUAAUAUACGCACCAGGAGGACGCUGGUGACCCAGGGUGUUGGGGAAUCUGUAGCUUCGGUGAGAGUGGUCACGUGGCACAAAUUGACCGUUCGAACAAAAGCUAAUCGAAAAUCGACUAUUGGCAACAAAGCGGCAUUGUUCAAAUCCGCCCAGAACGGUAAUACGAAUGAUGACGGUCUGGUCAAAGAGAACGUCACAGUUACCACGACGUUGUGCAACGACAGCGAUAUUAACGACAAGAAUACUUAAAGGCGAUAUAGCGACAAGACACUUGAGUUGUAAUUAUUAUUCCUUUCAAAAGUUCAAUUUGUAUUUAUGUACAUGUACCUACAUGGUAAUCUGGUACAAUUUGUGAACUAACUACAGUUCAACGACUUUUGAUCAUAGAUAUCAUAUUAUUAUUCCGUCAAAAAGCCACAAGAAUAAUACCUAAGUAAAUAAACUGUUUGUGUGAAUAUCUGGUCGUAUAUAAUAUUUACGGUUAUUAUAUUAUGAAUCAUAAUAUUAUACGAUAAUAUUUAUUAAUUUUGACUUUUAAGUUUAUAUAAACACAAUACCUAUUAAGUAUAUACAUAAUUUAUACAUUUUUCUCAUAAUAAAGUUGGUAAAAACAUAGGUUAGUAUAAUAUGCUACUUAAAGUCUCCUAUAUUUACUUUUUAGGAUUAAUUAUAAAUUAUAAUACGAGUAAUAGAUAUAAUGUUCUUGAUAAAAUAUUGAGUUUUGUUUUUGAAUAUUUUGUUACAAAGUCAUUGUCUUUAUCGAUUCUUUUUAUUUUUUUUUUUGUGAAUGUAUAAAAUAUAAUAUAAUAUAAUAUAUGUUAAACAAGUAAUUUAUAUUUAAUCUCCAUGAGAUGGUUCAAAUUUAAAAAAUGUUUGUGUUAUUUUUUAUGAUCAAUGAUCAUCAUACAUUAUACAUAUACAAAACAGUUGUAUACACGAUUAAUGUAUAUCGCAACAUAUAUUAUUCUUAAAGGCAGUGAAAAUUCAGAUAUUAUAAGUAAACGUAAACAUUUAAAAUUAUUUACAAUAUUAAAAACAGUUAGUAUUAUAAUAAUGUGUUUGGUACAAUUACGAUGUAUUUCAUGUAGACUCUCAUUCACAUAUUGUUUAGUAAGUUUAGCCUAGUAAAUGCAAAUACCUAGGAAGGUUUUACAGUUAUGCAGACACUAAUACGAUAGGUAUAUUAUAAUAUGAUAUGUGAAUUGUGUGUUAGCUAAAUAUCAUUAAAUGUUAUUAUCUUAGGUUUAUUUCAUUGUUAAGUUAAGGAUUAACUAUAAUAUUUAGCUUGAAAAUAAUUAUGGAAAAUAAAUUUUCAAAGAUUAUUGGUA